GCCUCUGACAUGUUUACUGCAGAACACCGCACAUUCAGAACACAGUGAAAACUAGAGCGGACCUCGGCGCCGUAAAAUAGUAUAAUGGCUUCUCACGGUAGCAUGUUCUGCCGUUUAUUUAACAGCCAUAACAAUUUAACUAAAUUCAGGAAACUCUUCGCAAAAUGCGUAAAUGACAACAUUCAGCGGCCGUAUUCUAGCGUUACGCACAAGGAAAAUGAAGUUGAACUUGGAGACUCGACUUUAGCUGCUCCCAACUUUGCCGCAUCUCUGAAAACGAGGUCAAGACAGGAGAGGCUAAGAGAGGACAGCAUACUGCCCUUCUCAUCGUUCUUGACUGAUAACUUUGGCCGGAGGCACACCUACCUACGCAUCUCCCUAACAGAGAAAUGCAACCUGCGUUGUCAGUACUGUAUGCCAGAGGAGGGGAUCAAGCUUACACCACGGGGCCAGCUGCUGUCCACCUCAGAGGUAUUAACCCUGGCUCGCCUCUUCGUCCAGGAGGGGGUAGACAAAAUCCGUCUCACUGGAGGAGAGCCCCUUAUCAGACCUGAUGUAGUGGAUAUCAUUGCGGAACUCAGGAAGUUGGAAGGCCUUAAAACCAUUGCAGUAACAACCAACGGCAUGAACUUGGCUAGGCUUCUGCCUAAGCUGAAAGAUGCUGGCCUCGACCUGAUUAACAUCAGCCUGGAUUCACUGGUCCCUGCCAAAUUUGAAUUUAUUGUCAGGCGGAAAGGGUUCCACAAGGUCAUGGAGGGCAUUGAUAUGGCCAUUGAGAUGGGCUACAACCCAGUCAAGGUCAACUGUGUGGUCAUGCGAGGCCUCAAUGAGGAUGAGCUGCUAGAUUUUGUGGCGCUAACAGAGAAGAAGCCUCUGGAUGUGCGCUUCAUUGAAUACAUGCCCUUCGAUGGCAACAAGUGGAACUUUAAGAAGAUGGUGAGUUACCAGGAGAUGUUGGACCGCAUCAGGCAGCAGUGGCCUAAGCUAGAAAUGCUUCAGACUGGACACACAGACACUGCCAAGACAUUUAAAGUGCAAGGCUUCAAAGGUCAGGUGGGCUUCAUCACCUCCAUGUCUGACCACUUCUGUGGCUCCUGCAACCGCUUACGCAUCACUGCAGACGGCAGUCUCAAGGUGUGUUUGUUUGGCAACUCUGAGGUGUCGCUCAGAGAUGUCUUGCGCUCUGGGGCAUCAGAUGAAGAACUCCUGCAAAUCAUUGGAGCAGCUGUGGGCAGGAAGAAGAAACAACAUGCAGGCAUGUUCAGUAUCUCCCAGAUGAAAAACAGACCUAUGAUCCUCAUUGGCACCACAUCUCAAAGGCCUUUGUCUCUGCCAAAGUCACAAGACAGUCAGAGGGCUUUCUCCAUUGUUUCCCAGCCUGCAAUCGACACAUUCUUCUUUCCAGCAGCAGCUCCUCACAUGUGUCACUCAUGCAGCAGGAGAGUCCUGAAUAGAGAGGGGUUUUUGUGCCUUUCAGAUUGCACUGCUUCAACACAGGCAGCCCAUGAUUGCUGCACUGGAACCUUAAAGACUGGGGGUACCCAUGUUAGGUCACAUAUCAAAAAAGAAAAACCUAAUGCAACAGACAACCUCCACAGUGUAGCAUCUCUUCACUCCUCUGAGUUUGGUAGUGGUUUCACUUUCACCAGUUGUCACACUAAGACUGCAAGUUAUACUACACGCACAAAUGUCGACAUUAAUGAAGACUGUCUCAGGUACGCACAAGCCAGGGGUCCUAAUAUUUCAAGGAGACACUUGCUCAGGACCCCAGGAACCCCUAUUUUUUGCACACUAAUGAAUGCCAAAAUAAAUCUUCAACACCAGAGUGUUAGACUGUGCCACAAUACAAGUUCCAGUGAAAACCCAACUGUCAAAGUCAGACAGUCUGUGAGUGUUCAGACCAAGUCAGACACAAAUGUUUCCAGCACUCAGUUAGAUGAAACUACAGAAGCCCAGCUGACCCAUACAGACGCCCAGGGCCGAGCCACCAUGGUAGAUGUUGGGGGGAAAGUUCCAACACGUCGAACAGCCGCAGCCUGUGCCAUCGUCAUCCUGGGCCCCACCGCUUUCCGGCUGCUUCGGGAUAACCAGCUGGCCAAGGGUGAUGCCUUGGCUGUGGCACAGUUGGCCGGCAUCAUGGCUUCCAAACAGACCUCAGCCCUCAUCCCUCUUUGCCACCCGCUCCCCUUAGACCACAUCUCUGUUACCUUUGACCUGGAUGAGCUGCAGAACGCCACAGUCAUCACAGCAACGUGUAGCACUACGGGCAGGACUGGAGUUGAGAUGGAGGCUUUGACAGCUGCUUCUGUGGCAGCACUGACCCUGUAUGACAUGUGCAAGGCAGUGAGCCAUGACAUCAUCAUCACAGACAUAAAACUGGUCAGUAAGAUAGGCGGAAAGAGGGACUUUCAUCGUCAUCCUUGACCACCUUCCCACCAAUGAAUCUAACACAGGAAAACUAAGAAUGAAUGAACUGUAAGCAUCACAUAUGGCACCAGGAUCAUUUGGAAGAUGUCUUAAUCGGAGUAAAAAAUUUUACACUCAGUAGUUUUACCCCCAUCCCGCCAACCUCUGCCUCCAGCCUGCUUGAUUGUCUACUCCAGUGACAUUCCACCAGUUAAAUGACUUGAUCUGUCUCUUAUCCCACACAAUAUGAAUCAUGCUAAACAGUGUUCAUGUUUACUUAAAAUUUGAAGUGCUUUGCAAAUAAUUUCAGUGUCAUUCGCAAGAUUGAUUAUUUCUUGUAAUGCGUAUGUGCAACAGGUGGAGGGUGCACAAAGAGCUGCAGUGUUUCUUUUUGUCUCUAGAGGGCACUCAAGUAUUAAAUUCACAGGCCUCCCAGCAAGCAGGUUUUUUUCAGUGAAGAACAAACUGAGGACUUAAUGCUAUACUGAAUGUAUUUAAUAGUCUACUUGAACUUAGAAGACAGUUUCAUUAGAAAUGAAGCCCAGGUACCUGAGCUGGAGGCUGGGACAGAGAGGUGACGGCAGAGCAAUGAGAGGAGAGGAGUGUGUGUUUCAGUGUUAUGGCUGCUUUUCUCAGGUCUGCUGUGAAAUAUCACAUACUCUGUCUUCCUUUACUUACCUGCUUUGCAUUGCUGUAAUUAGAAGUAUGAGGGUUUUAGCAGUUUAAUGUUUGAGGUUAAUUCACUUGUAUGGAAUAACAUUUCUCAGAGAUGUUGGUUUUAUAAUUUUGUUCAUUAUAAUAAUUGGUAAAGAAAUCUUUCCCAACUUGUGCAUGUACUGGAUAUCAUGUUAGUUUCCACUCUUUUUCCCUUUACCCCUGUGUUACACUGAAUAUUUGUACUCAUUCACACUCACUCAAAGGACUGAUAACACAAAUAAUCAAUUACACUGCUUUAGUUUUGUUGUUGGGUUGUUUUGCUUCCCCAGAAAGAACUUGAUAGAUGGUGUUUGUUGAUUUGAUGUUUGCUCAAAAUGUGCAGUUUAACUGUAUGAAAAUGAGCAGUUCUUUAUAUCAUUGAAUUGCAUGGUGAAAUGACAACUGAUGCACCAUCCAUGUAUGUCACAUUCACAUGUCACUGUUAACAAGCAAAUAGUUGAUUGUGUUCACUGUGCACCCAGCUCACUUCAUUGCACUGUGCUUUUUUCUUUUAAUUAAAUGCAAACUGUGAGUUGC